UUCUACAGUAAGGUUUCACAUCAGCAGGAUUACUACUACCGGUAACAUGGAAACUAAGGCAACCAAUUUAAGAGAGUUAAACAAGAAAUCUUCCGUUGAAGAAUUGAAAGAUUCGUCAAUAUCAGAAAUUACGGAGGAAAUAUUGAAGACAUGUGGCGGGUAUGGUUUAUACCAGAAGACACUCAAUAUUUUCAUUUUCAUUUUUAUAACGCUUAAUGGUCUUUCACUUAUGACGAUGGUGUUUAUAAGAGAGAAGGUUCCGUUUGCUUGUUAUCCUUCGAAUUUCAAUGAGUCUUUGAUUCCACCAAACAUCACCUUGGAUGAAUUCUUAAACAAGGCAGCUGUCGAAGAUGAGAAAUGCUCUGUGUAUAACCUGGAUACUAAAGAAGGAUUUUAUAUCCUCCCCACCAGUAAUUCUACAAAGGAAUCGUGUAAUAAUGGUCGAAAGUUCUACUCUGACGAUCUGUCAUCUAUUGUCUCUGAGUUUGAUUUAGCUUGUGAAAAAGAAUGGUUGAAAAACCUUCCGGUGUCUGUAAUGUUUACAGGUUUUCUUUUUGGAAAUCUAUUAUUUGGUAUAAUUUCAGACAAAUUCGGUCGAUUCAAAGCGUUCUGUGUCUCGGAUAUACUUUGCAUCGGUAGUGCUUUUGCCAAAAUAUAUUCACCAAAUUAUAUAGUCUUCGUCAUCAUCUACUUCUUCGAAGGCUUUGGGUAUGCUGGCACGUAUGUAGUUGCAUUCACUAUGGCGAUCGAAUAUGUCUCUCAGAAUUACAGAUUGAGCUUGAACUUCAGUCUGCAUGCAUUCUUCGCCGUUGGAGAAACACUUCUCGCUGGUGUCGCGUAUUUACUUCGGAAAUGGCAACAUUUAUUGUAUGCGGCAACUAUUCCGCAUAUUCUGGUUCUCAUUAUAGCUUUGAAGUAUCAUCCUGAAUCGCCAAGAUGGCUUCUUAAUAAAGGGAGAUUUACAGAAUCUGAAGAGUCAUUUAAGAGACUAGCAAGAAUAAAUGGAAAAAACCCCGAGAAUGCUAUAAAUCUUAUUCGGAAACUUCAAAGGGAAGCAGAACUUGAAUUCAAAUUUGAAAGCGAAGCUGUCGAAAGUACGAAUCUUGGAAAUGAGGAAAGAACUCGAAAAAAGACCUACACAGCAAUGGAUUUAUUAAAAAAGCCUCGAAGGGCCAUGAUUUCCAUAAAUCUUUGGUUUAACUGGUUUGUCAACAGUAUGCUUUACUACGGAGUGAUACUAAAUUCCGUUGAUAUGUCUGGCAGUCGGUAUAUGAACUUCUUCAUAAUGGCGCUAAUAGGAAUUCCAGCGAACAUUAUUGGAUAUUUAUUUUUUAAAUGGUUUGGGCAUCGUAAGCCGCUUUGUGUUUUAAUGGUAUUUGGUGGAUUUAACUGUAUUGUUUCAAACUUUGUACCAGCAGGUAAUCUUUGGUUUCCCCUGAUAUUAGCCGUUAUCGGGAGGCUGGCUUUGACGGCAUCAUUUAGUGGCAUUUAUCUGACAUCAGCAGAACUGUUUCCAACUGUAACACGCAACAGCGGUUUGAGUGCGGCUUCGUUGUUUGCUCGAGUUGGCGGUGUCUUUUCACCAACAAUUCUUCAGCUCUCUACAUAUGGCUCCUGGAUACCUCUCAGUGUCUACGGAGUGUUUGGAAUUGCUGCAGGACUUCUGAUCCUUUUACUUCCUGAAAUGAAAGAUUCUUGUCUACUUCAAACUCUGGAUGAUAUGGAUAAUCUUUAGAUUUGGCAUAUCGAUAUGGUUUGUAUUAAACUAUUCUUGCGAUUAGUUUAAUACAAACAAGUGUUCAAUUAAUUACUAUCAAAUUUAUGUCAAAAUAUUACAUUGUAACAAAGCGACGAGCUGGCAGAAUCGUUAGCACGCCGGGCAAAAUGCUUAGCGGCGUUUCGUCCGCCUCUGCGUUCUGAGUUCAAAUUCCACCGAGGUCAACUUAGCCUUUCAUCCUUUCGAGGUCGAUAAAUUAAGUACCAGUCAUGCACUGGGCUCAUUGUAACCGACAUACUUUAACCUUUGAAAUUGCUGGCAUUGUGCCAAAAUUUUAAAGCAAAAUUUAGUAAUUAUACUUAUGUUACUUUCUUACAAGUUUUUCAACUUUCUAGGUGAUAAUUUCAUUUGAAUUAUGAAAAAAAAAAAGGAAAAAAAAGAAGGAAAUGACAACUGGAAUUUUAUUCGGAUCUCGCAGUUUCGUAGUACAAAAUUCUGAAAAUUUAUGAAUUUUUUUCUUUUAACAUCCGGACCGUUCAAACUGGUCAGAAACGAAAUGUGCAGAUUAAAUAAAAGUCUGGGCAUCUGGCCUAUCAUCAAAUGAAAUAUGAAGAUUCUAGCACUUUACCAGAAGCCUUAUAUGCGACAUUUCAUAUUUACAUCCGACUUACAAUUGUACACUUAAAACAUUCGUGAAAAUUCCUGUCACAAAAUUGAUGUUGUCCAGUCUAUUCAAAAGUGAUUUAGUAGUGACUUGAUUUUUAUUCAGACAUAUUCUUCUUUUUCUUUCUUUCUGCACGCUUCUUUCUUUUGGUUUUAGGAAAUGUGCCUGCUUUUUCGGUUUAUUUUCCUUUUCUCUUUAACUCACCAACUCUUUCAUCUUUCUUAAUUUUGGUCAUCUUUCGAAAAUAUUUCAGUCCCUCAUUUUCCAUAAUUGAUAUCAAGCAACAUUACAAAAUGCUCGUGCUGAAACAAUGCAUUCUAUUCUUUUGCUCCGUUUCCCCUUUUUUCUUUCUUAUUAAAUUUUCAUUUCUCUUUUUCGUUGUCGAUGCAUUUUAUAUUUACGCUUCUGUUUUACCUUUAUUUCUCCCCAUUUUUCUUUCCCAUUUCUUUAUAUACGAUUAAAUAUAUACAAGCGUUAAUGGGAUUGGUUUCCCUAUAUAUUAUGCGCAGGAGUGGCUGUGUGGUAAGUAGCUUGCUUACCAACCUCAUGCCUCCGGGUUCAGUCCCACUGCAUGGCACCUUGGGCAAGUGUCUUCUACUAUAGCCUCCAGCCG